AAUUUUGUCGCAAAAUUUGCCGGAAUUAACGCAUUGCACAGGUUCCUGCUCGUUGUUCAGUGUCAAUUCAACAGAUGGCCUGUCGCUUGUCAAAAUGACAAGUCAGUAGUAUGUGUAAAUAAAUAAAUAAAUAAUUAAUAUUUCGUUCGUCACAAUAACGGUUAAUAGUGUUAGGAUGGACGACUUGAAGCACAAAAUUCUGGGCCUGAUCAACAAACAGGGGCCUAAAAUCCCGUCGAUGGGGUUCUCCGACGCCAAUUAUCACUUCCCCCAAGUGGAGAAUCUAUCAAUUAAUAGUAAGACAGUUGCUGAGACAAAUAGGCCCUCAGACCAGGAGAUUUUGGAAAGUAUUGAAGCGGCCUAUUUUUCCAUCCGGGACGACUUUGACAUUUGCCGAUUUGAACUGGGGAAGUUGCCCCAAACGCUCGACUGUGACCAGAUCCAGCGCGACUUCAAAACCCUCAAACAGCAACACCAAGUGGUCUCGAAGAAAGUCCUCCAAUUAAUAUUGGAGCACCAAAGUGGCUGUAACACCGAGUUCGAUAAAGUCUUAGAGAUUUUGGAGCAAGUUAAGGACACACUUCAGGAGUGUAAAACUAGUCGGAGACACUUAAAAGUGGCCGCGGAUCAGUUCCGCGCCUCCCUUGAGCUCCUCGCCAACUACCGUAAACGCAAAAUUGCGCAAAACCUGCUAAACAACCUCAAAAUGAUCAAAUAUCUCCGGUGUUAUGACCAACGAUUGCAAGGGCUUUUACGCGAUGAGGACUACGCGGGGGCGAUCAUUGAACUCAAAAAGUGCCACAAAAUCGCCACCAAGUAUCGACAUUUCAGCUGCGUGGCCGCCCUAACUUAUAAAUUGCAAGAAACUUUGGAGAGUACGGAUGGGCAACUUGACCGGGUUUUGGCACAGACGUGUUAUCAUUUUGAUGGUGAGCGCUAUCAGAAAUUACUGCUUGCUUAUCAUUUAUUGGAUAAGUCUGAAAUUUCAAUGAUUGAUAAUUUGCACGUCCAUUAUAUCACUGCGAUUUACAAUACGUCGUUAAAUGUGGUGCAUUCGUACGUAACGUCGGCCGAAAGUAUCGAAAGUUCGGAGACGAGUGGGAAAAAUCCGUACAAAACGCUUUGUCAAAGUGUUGGGAGCGACGUUUUUAUUCCAUGUCUGGUGAGUUUGUGCAAAGUCUUGUUCAAGAUCGUGCUAAGUUACCACCAAUUGAUCAAUUGGCAUAACAAUCAAGAGCAAGAGACAAAUUUAAAUAAGGAAAAACUGGACCACAAUUUGACUAAAAUCUGGGAUGACGUGCAACGUAAAGUCUCAGGGCUUCUCCUCAACGCUGAUUUGGCCUCUUAUAAGUUCGACCAGUUCGUCCAAGUUUUGGGUGUUGUGCACCGCUUGAUCCAAGUUGGCGAGGAAUUUUGUCUGAGCAAAUCGGACGAUUUGCAAGAAUCAAUUCGUAAACAAAGCGUCAACUAUUUCAAAAAUUACCACAUCCAGCGUUUGGAGGAAUUAAAAAUCUUUCUCGAGAAUGAAAUGUGGGAGAUUUGUCCCGUUAAGCCCACCUUUACUCUCCUCCAAUUGCAAGAGUUUAAGUCUUUAAGGGGGGUUCUUAGGAAUUUUAAGUUGCGUCCGCCGGCCACAGGUGGCGCUUAUUCGACGGCUUCGACUGAUUGUUGUUCGUCGAACCAUUCGCAAGAUGGAAGUAGUAUUGUUGGGAAUUAUUUUGUGAGAUAUGCAGAAAGUGGCACUCCGUUUGAUUCAGGACUUGAUGAAACUGUAAUCGAGGAGGAUAUUCUUGCAGGGGAAAAUGACGGGUCUGGUUAUUUUUCGGAAGAAAGUGAUGAAGAACCAGAAGAGUUGAGGAGGGAUUUUGUUGAUGAGGAAAAUGCAAGUCCCAAGAAACGGGAAAAACAGAUCAAUUGUUUGGUUUUGACCAAUACAACGUUGUCGGUUUUGAGACAAAUGGGGAAGUAUUUGCAAAUGUCGAGGUUGUUGAAACCGAUAGCGUUUCAGAUUAUCAGUUGCAUGAACCAGUUGUUUGAUUUUUAUCUCUAUUCGGUUCAUGCCUUCUUCGCUGCUGAUUUGACCGUCGCUAGCAACUCUCUCUACACGCCCGAACUCACCCAAACGUUGAAAAAAAUCUCCGACAAUCUAGUCACCGAAUUCGAGGAACCGCCCACUGACGAAACCCCGCCCAAAAUCCUAAAACCCGCCCUCUCACCAAUGGUGGACCUCACCAAACCUGAACACUUGCACGGAUUGGCUGAACGUAUCGUGGGCGUGGAAAGUGUCAUCUUUCUCGCCAAACAAUAUGAAUAUUUACAGGAAUUCCUCGAGUAUUUAAUCCCGCCCACGAAUAAAAUAAUGUUGCAACAGUUUUUCACACAGAACAUUUCGAGCGCUAAGGACCUACGAAAGCCCGUUUACAUGUCCGUGGGGGCGCAGGCGUUCGAUUUGCGUCAAAUUUUGGUCUCAAUGGCGAAAAUUAACUGGGAGGUGAAGGAAGUCAUGUCGCAACACAACACCUACAUUGACCGAAUCCUCCGAGAGGUGCAGAUUUUCACAUUGCGGUUGGAGGAAGUCGCUCACAAAGUCCCCGUUUCUGUUGAAGUUUCCACGUCGUUGUGGGAAAGUAUCGCCCAUAUAAUCACCCACACGUUGGUUCAAGGGUUCAGCGAGGCGAAAAAGUGUUCAAACGGGGGGCGGGCUCUAAUGCAACUUGAUUUUAUCCAAUUUUUGUCCAAGUUUGAAAAAAUGGCUGGUUUAAGGCCCGUUCCUCAUCGCGAAUAUGUGGAAAACUAUAUAAAGGCGUUUUAUUUGCCCGAAUCUGAGUUGGAAAAGUGGAUUAAGGAACAUGGGGAAUAUUCGGCUAAACAUUUGUUCGGGUUGGUUUCCUGUGCGUGUCAGAGUAAUAAGAAGACGAAACAGAGGCUUCUGCAAGUGAUUGAUGAGGGGGACAGGGGGGAUAGGUAGCCUUUGCUUGAUUGUGAUAUUUGAUAGGGCACAAAGUGACAUAAAGUUUCAAUUAUUUUAUUUAGUUUUUUACAUGAGCAGGCACUAUUUAUGUUAACAUUUUAGGUUUAAUUAAUAAUUAUACACAAAAAUGAAUUUUUUAAUUACAUUGAAUUUUGUAAUUCAAAAAUCAAUAAAAUUUAUUAAAAACCAAA